CUCCUCUUUCUGGUUGUCUUGAGCUCGGCUGCCCACAGCAGCCACAGCUCCGCUCGCUACUCCUCGGCGAGAGUCACUCCCCGCCGCUCCUAGUGCGAGAGGGCGGGGAGGGUUUGAAAGGCGCCCGCCGGGAGACGAAAGCCAGGGCUACUUCCUCCUGGCCUUCGCCCCACGGAGAGGGAAGGGUGACCGGCCAACCUGCCUAAGAGCAAGGAGGGCCUCGGAGCUGGAGGAAGGGAGGCGUGGAAGAACACUGUAACUUUAAGAUGGUCGGGCUAGGAAACAGUCGUCGUGGGAUAAAAUCACCACCUCUUUUAGUAGCAGCACUUGUGGCUUGUAUAAUUGUUCUGGGAUUUAAUUACUGGAUAGCAAGUUCCCGUAGUGUUGAUUUGCAGAAUCAUUUAAUGGAACUAGAAGGCAGAAUGCGCAGGGCAGCUGCAGAAAGAGGUGCUGUAGAAAUGAAAAAGAAUGAAUUUCAAGAAGAACUAACAAAACAGAGGGAACAGAUUGACAAAAUCCAGUCUAUGCAUGAUUUCCAGAUAGAAAAUAUCAACAAAAUACACAGAGAUGAAAAGGAAACAUUAUUAAAUAACAUCACAAUAAAUGAUCAACUGAUCCAGAAUCUUCAAGAGAAUUUGAAAAAAUUGCAGAGCAAAUGUGAAAAGCUUCAAUUAGAUGUCAACAGCUUUCAGAAUAAUCAGACUAACCUGCAGAGAAAAUAUUCAUUUGACAUGUCAAAGUGUCUUAUUAAGAUGGAGGAACUGAAGGUACAAUGUGAAGAAAAACUAAAAGCAUCACCAGAAGAUAGCAAGAUACAGCAAGAAAAGAAAAAAGAUAUAUCAGGGAAAAACCAAGCCAAUAUACAGAUGCAGACUUUUGGACAGGCAGAGAUUGAUCAUCAUGAUCUGACAAACCAGGAAAAUGAACUUCAAGAAAAAAAUAUAUCUGAGUCUGUGAAAUUAGUUUCAAGACCAAUGUCUGUACUAAACAAAGAAGAAUUGAAUCAUCUUAGAGAAAAAGGAACUAGUGACGUUUCUAAUGAAGAGUCCAGGAAAGAGGAGGUUUUUCUCAAUCAAGGCCAUCCACAAGUACCUUCUAUUUCUAGCAGAGAUCAUAAAGCACUUCCUCCUGAACCAGAACCAGAACUGAGUCACCAUGAGCAAAUUAGAAAUGCACUUGGAGAAGCUUCAGUAGAAAAGCAGACUAGCAAAUUCUCAGAACUUAUAGGCCACCAAAAUGUCAAAAAAGCAAACGAAGUUGAAGAAAUUGAACGAGAGGAUCUCUUAAAUGAUGACUUGCAGCAGGAUGACCAGGAAACUAAUAAAAAUGGUGAACUUGAAAUCAAAAGAAUGGGCCAGGAUAACAAAGAGGCUGAUUACAACUUAGAUACAAAUGAGGCAGAAUCUGAAACAGAUAAACAGGCUGCUCUUGUUAACCAGCAAAAUAGCUUCCAUGUUCAAAAUCUUGAAGAUCCCAAAAUGGAAAAUCACUUAUUUAAGCUCAAGGAAGCUCAACAGCAGAAAUUGUGAAUAGCAAUUUUAGUUUUUGACAGUUGCAAAAUUAUUUAGGCAAGUCCACUCAAACCUUUUACAAAAAUCAGGGGAUUUAAACCAGGUCUGAUUCCUCUCCAUUCAGGAAGAUUAUCUGCAGACUUAAUAGGCUUGUUUUACAUCUAUCAACUAGACUAUUCCAGUGUUGCAGGGUGGAAAUAAGCCCCUGAAAAUAUAUGAAAUCAACCUGUUACUCAGCUACCAGGUAUAGUUUCCUUUUUGAAUCAUAAGAGUACCACCUUAGAUACAAAUUGUCUUGCUCUAAAAAUUGAGAAUAUUGCAUAGACAGUAGCUUGAGAGAUACUGUUUGUCCUGCUUCUGUUCAUAUCUCUUCCAACAUUAUUCUCAGUUUAUAAACCAAAUUUAGAAAGUUAGAUUUUAUACUUUUUUUUUUACAGAAGCUUCCUUCAGAAAGAAAAUAUCCUAAAGAACUUAUUAAACUCCUUUAAGUGCUUUGCUUUGAGGGCCUAUCUAGUACAGUGGGAUAUGGUUUCAAGUAAAUGUGCAUAAAAGUGAGUUACAUAUUCUACAUAUUUUUUAUUUGAACACUUUUCUUUUUUGAAUUGUAGGAAUGAUUUAAGUAUUAACUAAAUGCAGGGGAUUCCCUGCAUUUAUGUAAAACAGGCCUUACACAUUCCGGAAUUCUAAUAUAUUAGAAUGUUGCUUAAAUUAUACUUGAGUAUAUGGAAAAAAAAUGAACCCUAAAUGUUUUGCUGCUUCAUAUCUUAUUUUGGUGUAAAGAACUGCAAUAUCAUUUAGGACAUGAUGCCAAUCUGCUGUCAACACUGAUUAUAGCACUUUAGCCCUGCUGAAGAUAACUAGAAUAGAAUAAGUGCAAUACAAUUAUUUUGUACAACAAAGGGAUGAUUUACAAAUUACUAUAGUAUUUUGUUUAUUUGCAAAUAUUGGAUUUAUUUUGAUUUAAGUUCUUGAUUAUAAAAUAAGUGGGCUCUCAAGAGUCUUAUUAACUUGGUUGUUAGGUCACUAUCAAUAAAAUAUUGCACUCAUUGGGAA